AUGCUUACUAUGUUCAGGAAUUUCGCCAACGUCAGCGGCGUACUCAUCUUACUCCUACUCGCAAAUUUUAUGGGGUGUGGAGACGCUGAUAAGGUCGGACAAAUUCCGGCUGAAGAAGUCCUUCAAAUCAGUAGUAUCUUAGACCAGUGGCGAGAAGGUUACGAAACGGAAGAUGUUAACACCUACAUUAACACAUUCUGGGAAGAUGGCUUCCUUUAUGUCUCUGAUAUGGGAACAGACGGCGAUAAAACAGACGAUGUUGAGUUUGAUGAUAUCCGAGAGGAACGCGCCUCUGCCACUCGCGUCUUUGAUCGGUUCCAGGAUAUUGAGAUAGAGCUCUCUUCACCGCCGGAGAUUACUAUGAAUGAUGAUGGCACAGAGGCUGAGGUUCGGAAUCAUUACAGAAUCCAAUUCUUUGUGUCGGAUGGUCAAACACUUGAGGGUGGAUAUACCGGCGCGUAUGCCGAAGGUGAUAACAUUUUUAUCUUUGAAAAGAGAAAUGACGAAUGGCGUAUAGCCGAGUGGCAUGACGAAGCCUUUAACGAAGCAGAAAUUCGCGUUGCCAAUAACUUAUAG